AUGUCUGAUGAAAUUAAAGUAGCAUUGUCAAAAUUUGUAGAACUUGAUAGACCAAAACAAGAAUGUAGUUCAUAUGAUAUAUUUGUUUUACAGCAAGCACUAUUUGACAAAGGAUAUGGAGGAUUUGAUCUUAUUGGAGCUUUACCGAUUGAAAUAUCCAUAAAAAUUUUUGAGCAACUCACAGCAAAGGAUCUAUGUGCAUGUGGUGAAGUUAGUAAAAAAUGGAGGAGUGUCACACAGGAUUCGAGUAUAUGGAAAAAGAAAUGUCUAGAGAUGUAUUAUGGAGAUGAGCGACGAUUGUACGUUAGCAAGGGAAAAUUGCUGGAGAAAUAUGGUUGGGGAAAAGUUUAUCAACAGUUAUAUAGAAUUGAAAAUAAUUUGAGGAAUGGACGUGCCAAAUCAUUUAGAUUGUUAAAGGGACACAGAGAACGUAUCAACGAUGCUAAAUUAAAAGAAAAUAUUUUGGUUACAGGGUCAGCUGAUAGAACCGUUAGAAUUUGGAAUGUUGAGGCAGGUGAAUGUGUUAAUGCUUUGUCAGGAAAUUCAUUUAGUUCGGUUGAUUUCUUGCUAGAUGAGAAAAUCUUGGCAGCUUCUACAUUCUUCAGCAGAUCCUCAUUCGUAUGGAAUAUGGAGACAGGGGAAUUAUUAAGGGAAUUAAGAGGACAUGUUACAGCGGUUAGGUGUAUAAGUAUAUCAAAAAAUUAUGUUGCAUCUUGUGCAUUUGAUGGUAGUUUAAUAUAUCCUAAAUCGCAAGAUACAAUUGAUAUAGACAAAGAAAUUGUUAGAACACUAAACAUUGAUGAUCAUCAAGUAAUAAUUGGUUAUUUAAGCGGUAAAAUUGGUAUUUUGGGAUUUGACGAUUACAAUUACGACCAUUAA